AUCCCAUUUUUAUGACAACACUUCACCGUUUAGCUCGUCUCGUGAACAUCCAGCCAUUUCUUUGUAGGCGACAGUUGGACGCUGAGAUCGUCUUCAGCGAGUCUUGGGAGCAAAGAAUGUAUAACGUAGGUGACAGAGCGGUGGCAUGCAGCAAAUGGCGGCCGACGCACAAAGCGAAGGAUUACUUUUCAGAGUGGACAUCCCGAAAAGCUCCUGCUGUUACGCUUUCCUAAAAAUCUGCUGCCAACAACUAGAAGCCAAGAGCACUCGGUAGAAUGCUAGCAUGUCGAGGAGGCUGGAGAAGGUGAGAAAAGAAUUAACUGGCGAGGAGAAGAGAGAGCAGCAAGGGUGGAGGACAAGCCAGGGCAUGUGACAACGCUCACAAAGAAAACAUAAAUUUCUGGACGGUGGUCGACAGACUCUUUGAGCAAUAGUUAGAAAGGUGGAGGCCAUGCCAGAUUGAUAGAAGGUGUUGAGAUGACCAAGGAGCCAAGUAAAUGCCCUCUCAUCCUCGUAGAAGGCCCUGAGAACCCGAGCGUCCCAUGAAAGCUAAGGGACGGCCAGAGGUGGCCAGCACAUAGGGCCAUGGUUGGGGAGGUCACCAAGUCGAAUGAAGAGGGGAAGGACGGUGGUUUCUCGAUAGAGGCACCGGAUUCCAUUGUCGAUGUAGAAUCAUCAAUCAACCUGUCUUGAGCAUAAAGUUACCCAUCACAAAAUGUUAGAUCUCAGGUCCUUUUUUUGUUCCAAUCACUCGCAUAAUUUUCAUGAUGGCCAAGAGUGCUUCAGUUUCCAAAAUUCUCAAGCUCAAGAAUCCAAAACUGUCUUUGUUAGAGACGUGUUCCGGUCUCGAACAACUGAAGAAAAUUCAUGGCCAUAUGAUCAGAAUGGGUCUCGUAGAAGAUGCGUUUUGUGUCAGCCGACUGCUAGUCUUCUGUGCAAUCCAUGAGAAUGGCUGCUUAGUUUAUGCCAAUCGCGUUUUCAAACAGAUCAAGAGCCCAAAUGUGUUUGUGUAUAAUGCCAUGAUCAGAGGGCAUGCUUGUGGAAAGAAACCAGAAGUCUCACUUGGGUUCUACCGGCAACUGCUGAAACAGGGCUUACUACCAGACAAUCUCACAUUCCCCUUCUUGGUUAAGUCAUGCACCCAUCUUCAGUGUUGAGUUAGGGAGGGGGUUCAUGGCCAAGUGAUCAGACAUGGUUUUGAGUUCGACGUCUACGUCCAAAAUUCUCUGGUUCAUAUGUAUGCUUCAUGUGGUGAUCUAGAGACAGCGCGGAAACUGUUUGAGAAAAUUCGGCAAUUAGACGUAGUAUCUUGGAGCUCUAUGAUUUCUGGUUACAACAGAUUUGGAGACGUCACAUCUGCGAGGGAGUUGUUCGAUAAAAUGCCUGACAGAAACGUGGUAACAUGGAGCAUAAUGGUUGCGGGAUAUGCUCACAAUGGCCGCUUUGACAAAGCAUUAGAAAUCUUUCAGCUACUUCAAGAAGAGAAUGUGCAGGCUAAUGAAGCGGUCAUGGCCAGUGUCAUUGCUUCCUGCGCCCAUCUCGGGGCCCUGGAUCAAGGUAAGAAGGCCCAUGAUUAUGUUAUCAGAAACAAGCUCUCUGUUACUUUAAAUCUUGGGACUGCACUUGUUUACAUGUACGCGAGAUGUGGGAGCAUUGACAGGGCACUGCAAGUGUUUCAUGACAUGCCUGAUCAAGAUGUUCUCAGCUGGACGGCAAUGUUAAGUGGCCUGGCUAUGCAUGGUCAUGCAAGAAGGGCAAUCGAGUACUUCUAUGAGAUGCUGAGAGCGGGGUUUAGACCAAGGGAUGUCACAUUCACUGCAGUUUUAUCGGCUUGCAGCCAUGGAGGAUUGGUCGAGAAAGGCUUCGAACUUUUUGAAAACAUGAAAAAGGAAUACAGUAUUGAGCCAAGGAUGGAGCACUAUGGAUGCAUGGUGGAUCUGCUUGGACGUGCAGGAAAGCUAGAUGAAGCUGAAGGUUUUAUACAUGGAAUGCCAUUGGAGCCGAGUGCGCCCAUUUGGGGUGCCCUGCUUGGUGCUUGUCGAAUUCACAGGAAUGCAGAAAUGGGAGAGAGAGUGGGUAAAAAACUAUUGGAGUUGAUGCCAAACCACAGUGGGUACUAUGUGCUAUUAUCAAACAUAUGUGCUCGUGCCAACCACUGGGAUAAUGUGAUCAAGUUGAGGGCAAAAAUGAAGGAAAUUGGGGUGAAGAAAUCACCAGGCUUUAGCCUGAUAGAGCUGAAUGGAGUGGUGCAUCGAUUUACAAUUGGAGAUGUCUCUCAUCCUGAAAUUGCCAAGAUUAAGGCAAUGUGGGAAGAAAUAGUCCGCCAGAUACGUGCAGCCGGAUAUGUAGAAGAUACAUCAAAUGUUCUGUUCGAUGUAGAUGAUGAGGAAAGAGAGAGCUCACUUGCUAGGCACAGUGAGAAGCUUGCAAUUGCAUUUGGUUUGAUGAGGUCAGGCAAGGGGACCACCAUCCUGAUUGUAAAGAACCUCAGGGUGUGUGAAGACUGCCACACAGCAUCCAAGUUUGUGUCAAAGGUCUUUGAAAGGGAGUUGAUUGUGAGAGACAGGAAUAGGUUUCACCAUUUCAAGGAUGGUGCCUGCUCCUGUAUGGAUUACUGGUGACCCAGUGGGUUAGAGUGUUUUCCUUUUCCCUGCUGUUGAUGAACCUGAGCUUGGACAGAUCCUUACCAUAUGAUGCAUGCCAAUAUUGAACUUCAAACUCUUAACUAGGAUCAUGCAGAGUAUAGCUUCAUGGAUCUGUUUCUAAGUUUUUUUCAUCAAUUCUUGUGAGAUAAUGCUUGUCAUACAUAUUCUAUUUAUUGUGUUCAAUUCUUGAGGGUUCAAUAUCUGACAUCCUCUUUUAUUGCAU